AUGUCGUCUGACGGAGCUGAGGUGGCGGAGGAUUACCGCCUUGCCCUGGAAGACCUCUCCUCCAACAUGCGCUUUGAGAUCAGCAAUUUGACAGUAAUUGCUAGAGAGAAUACUGAGCAUGCUUUGGCCAUUGCAGAGGUUCUGCAGCAGCACAUUCUCAAGGCGCCACCGAAUAAGAAACUACCCGCUCUCUAUGUGAUGGACUCAAUCGUCAAAAACGUUGGCACUCCUUACACGCUGUAUUUCGGCCGGAACUUGUUCAAGAUAUUCAUGGAGUCAUACGCGGUGGUCGACCACGGCAUCCGCAGGAAAAUGGAGGAAAUGCUUAAGACGUGGAAGGAUCCUGUUCCCGGCUCAUUGGACACACGGCCCGUCUUUUCACACGAGCUGGUACGGCCGAUCGAGAACGCCUUGAUGAAGGUCAGGGCCGCGAGCAUGCCUCAACAGACCCAGAGCGCCAUACCUGGCCGGCCUCGAUCAGCAAUGUUCCCUCCUCACCGGAAUACCCCUACGCCGCCGGGGAUGCGUGGAUUCGCCGGCUUGCCCAUGCCCUCUGGAAUAAGCGUAGAGACGUUGAACGGUGACAUUCAGAAACUGAUUGUUGCGAUGAGGGCCGAGUUCUCGCAGAAUCCGCAUGAUGGCGGCGUCCAGAGCAGGCUUAAGGCACUUUUGGACCUCCAGACUGUUUUGCAGCACUCGACUCUGCCACCAGACCAGCUUGAGCUCAUUAAGAACAAAGUAACCGAACUUGCUGCCGUGACCAUAAGGGCCCCCCUGGCCCCCUCCGUAACUCCGACACCUGUGCCGGCAGCCCAGCCUGCCGCGCCGGUGACUCUUGAUCAAUUGCUGGGACAAGGGGCGAUGGCGGCUUUGUUGGGAAUGCAGGCGGCGAGCUCUCAGAACACAACACCCCAGCCUCCGUUUGCUGGUGUCCCCAUACGGUCACCACCGAUGAACCAUACCGAACCGCCCAAGGCGGCAGCGAUGCCACCAGCGAUGCCGGCGGCUCCGGCUCCGGCUCCGAAUGCCUUGUCCUUGGUAGAACAGCUUCGAGCGGCCGGUCUGCUGCCACCCGCGACACCUACGAAUGUCCCGGCCCCAAGCCAAGCACCGCCUGCUGCACCACCGCCGUCACUGUUCCCUCCGGGCCUAUUCCGACCCGAUGCUGUCGCCGCCUUGUAUGACGAUCUCGGACCUCCAUGCACGCAGUGUGGUCGGCGGUUCAAGACGGACGAGGAGGGCAGGCGGAAGAAGACGGCUCACAUGGACUGGCACUUCAAGGUACACCAGCGGAGCACCGAGGCCGAGAAGCGAGGCACCCACCGGAGCUGGUACGUUGACCAGCAGGACUGGGUCAAGGCUCGCGAAGCGGUCGAUGCGAUACAUGACGUGUCCUCCAAAGAAGAGUCUGCUCAAGCAUCCAAGGACUCGGAAGGGCCCAAGUACAUUCUCGUGCCCGAUCCAAGCAGCGGCAUCAACACCGUGUGUCCGAUUUGCCAGGAGAGGUUCGAAAACAAAUGGUUCGACACGGUGCAGGAGUGGGUGUGGCUCGACACGGUCCUGGUGGGCAACCGAGCAUAUCAUGCCUCGUGUCGCGCCGAGGCGACGAGGGACCGAGACUCUACGCCUGGUCUGUCACGGCGCACGCCCGAGCCGGUGCUGGGGAAGCGGAAAGCAGAGGCGGGUCUGGCGUCGCCCAAGGUGCGAGUACAGAAGGCGUAUGUGUAACGGCAUGGAUGGAGCAUUAUGCGUUUUUCUUUCUUCGUUUCUCUUUCGUCGGGAUUGAGGCGUUGUUGGUCAGAAAGUGUUGUUGUCUGUGGCAGAAUCACAACGUCUGGGGAGGGUUUUGGAGGACUGCUUAUAGGAGAAGCGCAUGGGACAUUACCGUAUCAUCAAUGGCGUUUUGGAUGCGUUGCGUAUAAACGAUUUACUCUAUCUGCAGAGAGCUGGGUUGAUGACAGCCGGCGAGAGAUUUGCAGAGUAUAUUCUCACGUAUAGUACUGAGAAUGAAUUUUGAAAGCGUUGGAAGUCCCGGUGUGUCUUGUCUCGUCUUUCCAGAGCUUAAGCUGUAGUCUGUGAUGGUGAGAUGAGGAGUGUCUUGUGGAUGGCCGUUUAAGUCAUGUUUGCUGUAAUAUGAUCGGGGGCAUA